UCAGUGGGUUAAUGGGGAUGUUGGGGGUGGGGGAGUGUGGCACAGUAGGCCAGUUAUUGGGGCAACUUGAUUGUGGUAAUGUGGGGUGAGGCACAGGGUUUAGGAGCAGGAGGUGCCCCUGCUGCUGCAGGCUUCUGUGGUCCUUGUCCAGGGCUGUGAGGGGGAAGUGGUGGAGAAGAUUCCAGCUGCUGUGAAAUGCUCAAUUUCUGCGCGUGCAGAAAACAGGUUUUUGAGUGGGCUGCAGACAGCAGCGGGAUGCCAUGAUCCAUGCUUCUCAGGCAAUAAGUGUUGCAAGUUUAGAUGUCUCAAUGGAUACGUGGAACUUUCUCUACGCUUGCCUGGUGUCCUUAUGGCUGCACAGGUUUUACAUCUAUUCUGUUACUGCUUUUGGGAUCAGCCUGUGGAUUGCCGUUCAGUUCUUCACUACCAAAACCAAGAGGAAGGUUGAAAAUUCCAAUGGGAAUCUAGUGUCUUCUGAAGUAGCAGAAGACAAACUAGUCAAUGGAUAUGCUGCUCUGCAGCCGAAGGAGGUCUAUGUUGCCGGGGUGAAGAUUUUCUAUGGGUCUCAGACUGGCACAGCAAAGAGAUUUGCUAAAGAUUUGGCUGAAGCUGUUACUUGCCUUAAUUUGCCUGUGGAAGUCAUUAGCAUGGGAGAUUAUGAUCCUGAUGAUUGUCUAUCAGAGGAGACAACCAGCAGGAACAUCUGCGUGUUCCUGGUAGCUACGUACACAGAUGGGCAGCCAACCGAGAGUGCAGCCUGGUUCUGCAAGUGGUUAGAAGAGACUGCCAAUGACUUCCGCUUUGGCAAAAUGUAUCUGAAGGGCCUGAGAUAUGCUGUGUUUGGCUUGGGAAACUCAGUUUAUGUUGAUCAUUACAACACAGUUGGAAGAAAUAUUGACAGGUGGCUGUGGAUGCUCAGUGCCAGGCGUAUCAUGACUCGUGCCGAGGGGGACUGCAAUGUGGUCCAGAGCAAGCACGGCAGCAUUGAGGCUGACUUUGAAGCCUGGAAAACCAAGUUCCUCAUUUGUCUUCAGGCCCUCUGCAGAGGGGAAAAGAAGCCCUGCAGUGGGAAGUGCAAGAAAGGGAAGUGCAAACCCCAAGAGAGGCAGAGCAAGGAGAACUCAAAUCAUGAACGUGGAGCACCGGAGUUUGAGAACGCUGAGGCUGAAGACUUGUUUGAAACCACUAGUGAGGAGGAAGCUGAUGCUGAGGAAGCUGGAGGUACAAAUCCUGUCAUUGAUGUUGAAGAUCUUGGCAAAAUCAUGAGCCACAUGAAGAAAGCCAAGAGAGAACGUGAGCUGGAGGAAGGAGAUGCUGGAACGAGCUUGCUUGGAGAGACUUCUGGGAGGAAGGAGGCAGGUGAAAGGAGAGAAAUGAUAACUGCGGCCCUGAGGGAUGCACUCACAAAACAAGGCUAUAAGCUGAUUGGAAGCCAUUCUGGAGUGAAGCUCUGUCGGUGGACAAAGUCGAUGCUCCGAGGCAGAGGCGGCUGCUACAAGCACACGUUCUAUGGAAUCGAGAGCCACCGCUGCAUGGAGGCCACGCCGAGCCUGGCCUGCGCCAACAAAUGCGUGUUCUGCUGGAGACAUCAUACAAAUCCUGUGGGCACGGAGUGGCGGUGGAAAAUGGACCAACCUGAGAUGAUUUUGAGGGAAGCUCUUGAGAAUCAUCGGAACAUGAUCAAGGAGUUCAAAGGAGUGACAGGAGUGAGGGCAGAGCGCUUUGAGGAGGCGAUGACGGCGAAGCACUGCGCGCUGUCGCUGGUGGGAGAGCCCAUCAUGUACCCCGAGAUCAACCGCUUCCUGCGGCUCCUGCACCAGCGUGGCAUCUCCAGCUUCCUGGUUACCAACGCACAGUUCCCAGAGGAGAUCAGAAACCUGGAGCCCGUCACGCAGCUGUACGUCAGCGUGGAUGCCAGCACCAAGGAGAGCCUGAAGAGAAUCGAUAGACCUCUCUUCAAAGAUUUCUGGCAGAGGUUUCUGGACAGCUUAAAGGCCUUGUCCGAAAAGCAACAGCGCACGGUCUAUAGGCUGACGCUGGUGAAAGCUUGGAACGUGGAUGAGCUGAAAGCCUACGCUGACCUGGUGUCCCUCGGAAAACCAGACUUCAUCGAGGUCAAGGGGGUGACGUACUGCGGCGACAGCUCGGCCAGCAGCCUCACCAUGGCCAACGUCCCCUGGCACGAGGAGGUCGUGCGCUUCGUCCAGGAGCUGGCCCAGCUCCUCCCAGACUACGGCAUCGCCUGCGAGCACGAGCACUCCAACUGCCUCCUGAUAGCUCACAAAAAGUUCAAGAUCGAUGGCGACUGGUGCACGUGGAUCGACUACGAGCGCUUCCAGGACCUGGUGCGGGCACACGUGGACAGCGGGGGCACACGGACCUUCACGGCCACUGACUACACGGCCAGGACUCCGCGCUGGGCGCUCUUUGGGUCCAGCCAACGCGGCUUCGAUCCCUUGGACGUGAGAUACCAGCGGAAAGGCAAAGCGAGAGACGUCUCUGGGUGCUGAUGGCCGGGAGGGCAUGGCCCCUCUCCAGGCUGAGCGUUGAUCUCCGUUUCCAAACCUGUUCACGUAGACUUCCUGAAGUUUGAUAUUGAGAAGGGGGGUAGAGCCUCUGUUUAACCCUGCUGUCCUGUUUUUUAGAGUUUCUUGCUUAGAAAUAUUUAUGAUGCUCUUUUAUCUCUGACGAACAGUGCGUGUGAGCGAUCUGUGUUGACUGGCAGAGUGUAAAGGGGUGUGUGUGUGAUCCCUGCAGCCGGGUGAGCCCAGCCCAGCAGCUCAGCAUUCUCCAUCCAUAGGGGUAAGUGUGAAUGGGAUUUAACCCCUGCUGGCAGUGUCUGUGCAGGUGGGGCUGCAGGCACACCGAGAUCAGAAGCCCUGCUGGAGCUAGCGUUGUGCCAACAGCAGCAGAUUGAUCUGUUUUGAGCUCUCGUGCCAAUCGCUGAAAGACCCCCAUCUGAUCAAAAAGCUGAGGCUUCGGAAUGGUGUGAGUGGCAGCAGCCCUAUCGGUGUUGUCUGCAGCUUCUGAUAUCUGUGCAAAUACUUUCCAGCUUUAUGGUUUUGGCAGCAUGUGUUUUCCAGCUGGUUGGAGUGGAAUCAGCAGCAGGGGACCACGUGGGGCUCAGUGGAAGGAUGCCCUCGCUCCCGCUGCACCAGUCAGCAGCAUGGGAGGACUGGGAAAAGGUAAAACUUGUAGGUUGAGAUAAAGGCAACUUAAUAGGACAGAAAAGGAAGGGAAAAUAAUGAUGAAAGAAUAUCUGAAGAUGGCAAAACACAACACCAUACCAGCUACAAAGAAGAAAAUUACAUCUAUCUCAACCAAAGCCAGGACACGGUAUCACUGUUGGUUUGGAUGGAGGGUGUCAACCUGAUGUAAGUGCAAACUGACCCCAGUUGAGUUCCUUUAUGUCUAGAAACCAGUUCUUAUUACGGAGGGGUAACAUCCAGCCCUGGGGUCUGCUGCCCCAUCCCCAGGGGCUGCUGUCAGAGGCUCGUGCCUCGCACUCUGUUGGAUGUUGUGGUCUAGCUGGAAAAUUGUAUUUAAAUAGAGGAAGGGAGUGGUUUGCUGUUGAGAAAAUCACUGCCCUGCCAUGCCAUUUGGUUCAUGCAAUGCCCCCACGGGCUGCAGCCCCAGCACUCCUGCUGAUGGGAAGUAGCAGGGGCUUAAACCAAGCCCCAGAGGUGCCAGCAUCACUCUGACCAUGGUGUGGGUCCAUAAGCGCCUGCAGGCGGCGAUUUGUGGAGCUCAUGCAUUGGUGGUGGGAGUGUUCCCGAGAUGGCGACCGUUCAUAGAAGAACCUCAUUUGUUCAACUGUUAAAAACUGAUUCUAAAAUAGAAAGAAAAUAAAUGAUUUCCCCUAGGUCA